UCUGCUUCUGUCAACCAGUUAGUUAUGCUCGCAAGUUGCAUUAUACUAACUGAUAGACUAUUAACUAAUCGAAAACACUAACAACAGCAACAUCAUGAAGUCAGAGUUGCUAUUUAAAAUUGGAAAGUUUAACUUUGCAGGAUAUAUUUGUGUGUGCGAUUAUUUGUAAGAUACGCCUACUUAGUAAUGGAGUUAAAGUGAAUCCUGGACUACAACAAAUAUUGAAAAUGUCAAUAUUUGUUAAGGAUCCUUGUGGUUUCAUUUGUAUUACUCUUACCUACAUUGCAGUAUUUUAUGCAGAUUAUGUAGUCAUACGAUGGGUCAUCAUGCAAACCAUGCAAGACAGCUUGUGGGCCCCGUUCCACGUGGUGCUAUUCAACACAGUCAUAUUUAUGCUGUCGCUGUCUCACCUUAGAGCCAUGUGUUCUGACCCUGGAGCCGUGCCUUUGCCACAGAACAGGAUGGACUUCUCUGACAUACAUUCAGGUUCCGAGUCUUUGCUACAAAAUGAGGACUGGACUGUGUGUACGAGGUGUGAGACAUACCGUCCUCCGCGGGCUCACCAUUGUCGGAUCUGCAAACGAUGCAUCCGCCGCAUGGAUCACCAUUGUCCCUGGAUCAAUAACUGUGUGGGGGAGCGCAACCAAAAGUACUUUAUCCAGUUUCUAGUCUAUGUUGGACUACUCGCCCUGUACGCGAUCGCUCUGGUUGUCACAAGCUGGCUUAGGGCGUGUCCGCAAUGUCCUACGGAAGUCAACCUGAAGCAGGCAAGAAUACUACACUGUGUCAUCCUGGUGCUGGAGUCAGCACUGUUUGGUAUGUUCGUCAUGGCCAUCCUCUACGAUCAGCUGGAAGCUUUGGCAAAUGACGAGACUACUAUUGAACAACUUCAGUCGGGCAGUGGACGGGGGAUGAGUAUUCACAAGAUCAUCAUGUCCCAGUUAUGUCGUCUGCCGUGUUCUGGAAGACAGUCAGGCACAGGCAGUACACAUUCUGUGUGAGGAACAACCGAGAUUAUGGAACAAUCAAGCAUACGUUCUGUGUAGAACAACCCAGGUGCUGGAACAGUUUAACGCAAAUUCUCUGACGAGAAUCCAAGACAGUAGAACCAUUGGGUGGUGUUACAGUCCUGAUAUUUCUGUUCUUGCAUACGAUAAAACAGCACUUUUACCAUCCAAAUUUAAUGUACUAUAUCUAUUUUCCCUUACCUUUUUAUACUUAAUUAUUGCGUCAAAUUUAAUCUCAACUGCUUGUUAACUUAGACCGUGUGGUCUGUGAUGAUCAAAAGAUAGUAAAGUAAUGCUACACUGUAAGUUACAAUAGCAAGUCAAUGGCUUGGCCAAUCUUGAACCAGCAAUUUUAGUCUUAUCAGCUAAAGACGCUAUCACCGAUAUUCCAUGUUCAGUAAGAAUAAUGAUUUUUUUCAUUGAGACCUUUGGUUAUUUGAACUCAGUUUACAAAUUUUAAGUAGCAUUAUUCAAUUGUUAUCCUUUAGCAACAAGAUGAUUUUCACGGGUUAGUCUACAAUUGUGUUCCAUUAAGUAAAUCAUGAAUACAAACUUAAAUUUUGUACAUGUUCUGGAUGGAUAGUAACAAACAUCACGUAUAUAUUUGUCGUAUUAUUUGCUAAAAAUGAUGCAUGUAAUUUUCAUUGUCGUAUGUGUAAUUGAGAUGUACGAUACAGACAUAUUAGUUAUAAGGUAAGAUAGAUCUAAAUUAUUUGUACAAAAUACUUUUAAUCGGCAAUUGCUGUGUUGUAAUAUAAAUUUAGCACAUGUAUAUAUUGAUUCAUUUUUUUAAGUUUUGUCGUUUAUGAAAUAUUACAUUUUAUUUUUUAUGUUAUUUGUUAAAUUAUUUACUUGCUUUAAGCUUAAGUAUGUAUUUGUACAUUGUAAAAUAUGUAUAGCCUAGUGCUUUAUUAUGGAUAGUGAUUUUAAAUUUGUGAUUCUUGUAUCAUGAUCAAAUGUAUGAAUUUUAUUCUGAUAAAACUAAAUGUGCAUUUUUAAAAAUUGGUCAAAUUCUGAUUUUUAUAGGCUGUUUAAAUUUUUAAAAGUUAAGACUUGCAAAACUCAUCCAAAUAAGUAUAAAAAUCAUAGCUUAAUUUUAAAGUGUGUUUGUAUACUAGAGCUACAUUCUACCAAUUUUACGUAAAGGCAUUCAUGACAUGCAUUUAGCUUCAUUUUAUUGGUGAGUAAAAAAUACUGACUAACAAUUUUUCUUUUCCAUUUUCAAAUUUUCUUCUUUGCAUGUGUCAAACCAAUGUUGUAAAUUCAUUGUUAACAAAACAAAAUGAUAUAACCUAAAAUAAAUGGGAUGGUGAAUAAUGUAAAUAAUACAAUUCAAAUGCACAACUAUUUUUAUUUAUAAUACUAAUGCCAAAUGAAAUUUUAGUGAGAUUGUUCUGAAACAAAACAGAAGUUUAAGAAUUAGUGGUUUUUAUUUGCUUCUUUUAUGGGGCAUCCAAGUGCUCUGAAAUCACUUUUACUACAAAUUAUGAGUUAUGGUUUUCAUCACAACACAAAUUUUAUUUUCAUCACUCCGUAACGAAAGUAACUAUUUUCGAUAACAGCUGACAUCAAUGAAAGUAGUCGUUUUUCAAGCUCUAAUUUAGGGCGAGGGAAAAUCGAUCAGCUUAUUUUCCCUCGCUCUAAAUUUACUUUCCCUCGCUCUCAAUUAGUUCUUCAUUUAUUCACUACGUGCGCUAGUGUUUUGUUACAGUUUAAUUUAAUGAUUUGGAACAGCUGUUUUUAUUGUUGCUUAACACGUUCGCUGCUACGGACGUUCCGGAACGUCAGCCGGGCCACGGCGCCAGGAGCUAAGAACGUUCCAGAACGUCACCGUUCAUUGUUGUUUAACGUUGCUAUGGAUAAGCCAGCACGUCACAAGCGUUCUAUAUUUCUUUGCAGCUCGUACGGACGUACUUUUCUGACAAUAAAAAAUAUAGUUUCCCAAAUCACCACCAGGGUCGUUUGGAACAGGGCUUUGUUUUACCUCUUUCCUGCUAGAUAGCGACACUACUUUACUGACUGUAACCUGGGUAGUGCUGCUAUCUAUCAGAAUCACUUAGUACUAUAUCCAAAGCCAGUUUUAUUGCAGAACAUUGCCAUCCAGUAUAACUACUGUUGUUUUUACUGUAAUUCAGUGUAUCGGUGGCAAUGUCACGCAGCGGCCGAGCGUUAGUUCAGCAACUGGCGCCGUCCCGGCAUCUAGCGCUCAGCAGCGAACGUGUUAAUCUAAAUCUAUACAGAAACAGGCAUUAGUUUGUUUUGCUGUGUUUUUAACAUAAUGCAUGUUUGGGAUUGCUCUAAGUAUGCAUAACAAUACUGAAGAUUUUUUAUGAAAACAGCUUAACUUAUCACAUUUAACCAGAUAAAUCACGGGAAGGAUAAGAAGAGGAAUACAGAAAGCCCAUUAGACACUGGUACAUAUUACAAAAUGUUAAGUUAAUGAACGUGACGAAGUAUUUAUUAAUACAUUAUUUAUCUAAAUACUCUACAAUUAUGAAACCAUAUUAUGUAAGUUGUGAUUUUCAAUGAUAAAGAGUAGUCUAAAACUAUUUUAAUCCUACUGAAAUAUGAUAUUCUGAAUGUGUGCAUUUUUGCGUCGUGAUGAAAAGUAUCGUUUAUAACUCGUACCAAAAGCUUUUUUCCGACACUUGCUCCAUUAUUCCCGUCCUCGGCUUUGCCUCGUACGUGAAAAUAACUAUCACCUGCUCAGCUUUGCUUCGCACGUGAAAUUUGGUUUUCCUGUGUUCGGCUUUGCCUCACACAUGAAACUUGAGCGCGCGUCGGAAAAUGCCGCUUUCGGUCCUAGUAAUGGAAUAUACUAUUUUCUGUUUACAUUUAGAUUGCUUAACAGUAGAAACAGUUGAUUUAAACAUUAAAAAAUGGUUGCGCUAAACUGAUUGAGGGCAAAGGAAAAUAAAUUUAGAGCAUGGGAAAUUAUCUUAAUGUCUUUCUCUUGCUCUAAAUUAGAGCUUGGGAAACAAUUUUCAUCAUUCAGAAAGUAGCUAUUGUUGACAACAGCUGAUAUCAAAAUUAAUCAGCUGUAUGUAUGUGUUCUGUAUGUAUUUGUUUCCCAAGCUUGGACAGAGUUUGUGUUUGCUACAAAAAAACCUUGAAAUUCUCGUUUUUAUGUUGUUACAAAUGUUUGCUUUAAGCCAUUUGUUUUAUUAUUAUUAAGAUAGCAACUUCUUAAAAUAAUUACAGUAGAACCCCGGUUAACACAAAUAAAGCGGGAAAGCCGUUUCAGAUAACCAAUUUUUCGGUCAACCCGUAAUAUGCUAAAAAAUAGCCUAUGUAUUACCACAGUGUGUAGAAAAAUGAAUUUAAAACAAUAUCUAUAUAAUACAGUGUUUUAGAUACAGAAGUGUUAGAACGGGUUAGAAAAUACUUUAAACAAACAACUGAAGUUGCUAAAGCAUUUUACAUUGCGUAUUAUGUAUAUUAGCUUUAUAUUUUUUUCGGUUAACGGCGGUUCUACUGUAUGAUUAUUUAAAAAUUAUAAAUUAUCAAAAUCCUUAGAAAAAUAGGUUUGAUUUUAGCAAGCUCUGUUGUACUAGAGUAUUUUAUGUUUGCAUCGUGAUGAAAAAUAUUGCUGCAAAUUUGUACCGAAAGUGAUUUUCUGGCAUUUGCAGGUCCGCAGAUUUAAUGUGACAGGCUAUUUCCACCACCUAUCUCUCUUCAUUACCAUGGAUUUAUUCACUUUGCGCCCCUCAAACACACCCAAAACCUCUUGCAGCGGUGGGCCCGGCACAUUUAAUAAAGCGUCCCUGCGUACUUGCUACAAUUAUUCCCAUCCUCGGCUUUGCCUUGUAUGUAAAAAUAAUAAACAUGAUUGGCGUCAUAUCAAAGGGAAAUUUUGUGUUCGGCCUUACCAUACCUCAAACGGAUAAAGUUUGAGCACGGAUCGGGAAAUGCCACUUUCAGCACUAAUAAUAAAAUAUACUCUUCCUUUAAUCAGCUACAGCUAAAUAAAAUCAUGACAGAUCAUACAAAAUUGCUAGAAUUUCUCUGGAGACAGAGUGCUGAAAAUGUUUUUAUUUUUUGCUUAGUUUACUAUCAUUUUUUACAUUCCAUUUUUUGUUGUGAACUUUAACUGGAAUAGCAAAACGUCGUCACUACUGGACAGAUGUUUUUAAAACUGAAUUUUCAUUAAAAAAAUAAUUACAGUAGACUACAGUACUGUACUAUGUUUUUAAUAUUCCACAAAUGAAUGAAAAAAAUAUUGUCACUAUUUAGGAUCUUUACGAAUUCUAAAAUUCAAAAAUUCUAGGGAAAAUGUUUUUUUCUUUACAAAGUCUCUAAUUUUAUUCGUUUUUCCACUUUUGUACCAACCCUUGCCCUUUCAAAUAUGAUGAUUAAUGUGUUUCAAGUUAAUAAUUUAUUAUUAAUGUUAUUUGAUUGUAGAAGAUGCGAAUGAUAUUUUGUGUAAACAUAUCACAAGGAAUCAUCCAAUACAUGUGUACUUGUAAUUUUAAUUUAUACUCUUUUUUAUAUAAACUGAAUAAACUUUUGUUCACAUACA